AUGUACAUGGAUUCCAGUUCUGAUGGUUCAACAAUUGGUGAAUCAACAAUCACUUCAGGUACAUCAACUCUCCCAGUCAAUAAUAAACACUUACAAAUUGACAGACGAACACCAUCUGUUUCUAAAUUUGAACAUACUAUUAUUUAUACUCCAAAUAGACAGUACAAAAGAAUUGAUUCCAGUGAACAGUAUCGUUCAUAUUCAGCUCCAAAAAUCUAUCUAGAAGAUAAUUCAAAUAUGGCGAAUAUUGAUUCUAUAGUGAAAUGCCAUGGCAAUGAUGAUUGUGAUGUUGAUGCAGAUCAUUCACGAAUACGAAACACAUUAAAAUCUUAUCACCAUCACCAUCAUCAUAAUCGACAUCAUCAGCAGUCACAUAGACCAUCUGAUGGGAAUUAUAGCGUUCGAUCAAGUUAUGAAAUCGAGUUAAACAAAUAUAGAAGCUGUAACAAUAACAAUAUUACAGAUAAUCGAAUACCUCAUUCACGGUACAAUACCCUGUCAAAUUCAUUCAGUCGUAGAAUUGAUAAUAACGAUGCUUUAAAACUUUAUUCAUCUGUAAGAUGUCAUUCAAAUCCAUUCAGAGGAGGAGGAGACUACGAUCAUCAGAAUACACUGGACAGUUAUGAUUCCCGCAUGAAUAACGGAUUAACUGCCUCGCCUAGACGUCCACCGCUACUCCGCAAUUUGCACAAUCACCUGAAUUUAUCACCAUGGACACAGGAGCCGUCAAUAUUUCAUUCUAUUGAUAGUCAUGAAAAGAAUUCCCUGUCAACACGUUCCCUAUGUCCUGGUAUACCAUCACAGAAAUGUGUUGAACAGACUGCAGAAAUUGGUUUAUACAAGACAGCAAUGUUUGUGAUUCCAUCACCGAAUUCAACAUCUUUGCCAAAUGUUCAAAAUAUUAAAAAUACCCUGGAAGAAACAGACUAUAAUCGUUCUUUACGUCAUAAACGUCAUCGUCAUGUCCAUAGUCAUAGUGGUGGUCAUCGUCAUCAUAAUUCGCAUAGUCAUCAUAAUCACAGAGAAUGCUGUGAUGGUGAUGAUGAUGAUGCAAUGAUUAGUAAAUCGUGUAAUAGUAAAUUACGUACUUACGUGUGUAGUGGUUGUGGACGUAAGACAACAAAACGCAAAAAAGUCAAAUAUUUACCGUCAUCUUCUCAUUCAUGCAUUUCUUUGGAUAAAUGUUCAACACCACAUUUCAUCAGUUCAGCAUUUAACACCAGCAACAUUAAUAACAACAAUAACACUAAUAGUAAUAACAAUAAUAAUAAUAAUAAUACUGCCAACUCUCGAUUGGACAUCGACGAUGUAUACGACUCCACUGUUUUCCAUUCAUCUAGACAAUUCACAGACGACAAUCGAUAUUAUGCUUCACCAGUUAGAAAAUCACUCAGUUAUAAUAAACGUGAAGAUAUACAGCCUACUGCCGACUACAUCAGUAAUCAUAGUAACAGUAAUACAAGUCUAGACAAAAUAAAAUCUUAUGACUAUUUGCCUAAAUGCUCAAAGUCGUUGAAUACAAUCUCUCGAGCAGAUUGUAAUAAAAUUGUUGUUGACAUUAAACCAAGGCAAAUGAAUGAGGCGGAUAAACAACAACAUAUAACCCAGUGGAUACAGAUUGGGACACUGGGAGAUGCAACUAGUUCACCGACUAGAUUACCACUCCAGACGAAUGAAUAUCAUGAAAGCGAUAUGACUGGACUACAGCAGUCUGAGAAUUCUGAUUAUGAUGUUUCUAUAGUUGUUGAUCAUUCUAAUGAAGUCAACACCGGCUGGAGAAAUUCUUCAAUAGUGCAUAGUCGUCAACAAGACAAUCGGCAUUUGACAGAGAAAGUUGUCAGUCAACAGAAACACUCACCAAUACCACCAGAAUCACCAUCGCCAUCACCUCAACCGGCACUGCCCGAAAACAACAUUUACAACAAGAUAAUCAUAAGAAAGACAUGA